UCUUAUAUAAAACUGGUUUAGUCGUGUGCAGUCGUCUACCGAAGGACUGUAGACCACACACUUUGUUCUAAAAUAGAAAAAGUAAAUAAAGUUAGUUUGUGAAACUGGCUGGAACUAUUGGGAUUUUUUUAAUGAAUUGAUAUUAUUAAUUAAAUAAGAAAAUGGAAAAGUUAAAUUUAAUUUUCUUUAGUUUACUGCUAAGUUCGUGUUUGUGUGAUGGAUAUCGGAUCUUGGCAGUGUUUCCGACAUCAAGUGUUAGCCACAGUAUUCUUGGAGACAAUUUUGUGAAAACCCUUCUCAAUGCAGGACACGAAGUGGUGUACAUAUCGCCAUAUAAAAAUGUAAAUCAUCCGAAACUGGAGAUAAUAGAUAUCUCUCAAAACCUCGAAUUAUUUUCCGAUAAAAAUGUCGACAUUAAAGAAUGCAUGAAUGGAAGUCUGGAUCUACUAGACACAAAAGUUUUGUUCGAGAUAAUCACAACCAUAACGGAUGUGACGCUGGCUAACCCCAAUGUCCAGAAGCUAUUGAGAGACCCAAACCAAAAGUUCGAUGUCAUUGUAGCUGAAUAUUUCUUCAAUAAUAUUUAUUCUGCGUUGUCAGCAGUCUACGAUGCCCCAUUCAUCUGGUUCCUCACCAUAGUGCCUCACACUUUGAUCCUCGACCAGAUCCAUGGGCCGAUGAACCCAGCCUACAGCAGUGACUACAUAGAAGCGAGGAUCGCUCCGUACUCCUUUGUGGAAAGAGUUCGUGGACUAUAUUUUACGUUGAGCUUGCUGUACAAUCUACAUGUCACCUUCCCACCGGUAGAAGAAGCCAUAUACCACAAACAUAUACCUACGAUCUUAAAAUCAUUAGGGAAACCAAUUCCUGAUUACAAGGUCCUUACAUACAACGUGUCCAUGGUUCUGGGUAACUCUCAAGUGGCUAUAGAAAGUGCAGUUCCUUUGCCUCCGAACUUCAAACAUAUUGGCGGAUAUCAUAUUGAUGAUGACGUUAAACCGUUGCCUGAGAACUUGAAGAAAAUAUUCGAUAAUGCCAAGAACGGUGUUGUAUUCUUCAGUUUGGGAUCACAUUUGAUGAGCAAAGACUUACCUGAAGACAUGAAACAGGGUAUUUUGAAAGUGCUAGGAGGAUUGAAACAGACUGUCAUUUGGAAAUUCGAGGAAAGCUUACCUAACACACCAAAGAAUGUUCACAUAGUGCAGUGGGCACCACAGCAAAGUAUUUUAGCUCAACCAAAAUUGGUCCUCUUCGUCACACACGGUGGUUUAUUGUCCACCACCGAAGCGGUCCAUUUUGGAGUACCUCUGGUAGUCAUUCCAGUAUUUGGAGACCAGUUUAUGAACGCAAACCUGGUUGAAAAGAAGGGCAUCGCUGUUCAAGUCAAAUUGUCGUAUACAAUGUAUAACGAACUGAAGGUUGCUAUGGAUACAGUUCUAGGUGAUACAAAAUACGCCACAAAUGCAAAGGCUUUGUCAGCAGCUUUCCAUGACUUGGAAAUGAAGCCGAAAGUCGCUUUGAACUUCUGGGUGGAGCACGUGGUGCGCACGCGUGGCGCUCCUCACUUGCGCUCCGUCGCGGUCGACAUACCUCUCUACCAACGAUUGUACCUAGAUCUCUUAGCUUUAAUCCUUUUAACUCCUGUUGUUCUGUUACUAGUACUUAAGAGAUUCUGCUGUAAGAAAAGUGACAGUCAGAAAGUGAAAAGAAGUUAAAUUAUAUUUUCGGUGAGUUACACCAUUAAACUAUGUAUAACAAUAAAAUAAUAAAACAAACAAUGUUCAGUUGUCAAAUGUGACCAAUUGGUGGCAAUUUCGCUGCUGGUUGGUUAUAAUCAAAUUAAAAUGGUGCAACUGGCCUUUAGUAAUUCUAAGUAGGAUUAGUAUUUAUUUCUUUUUGUACCUAGUGUUAGUUUGGGAGCGAUUUUUUUAAAUUGUAUUUUUUAAAUAAUAAUAUCAUUCAUGAUGGAUAAAGUCCACACAUGAAUUUGUAAAUUAAAAUCGCAAUUAGUAUUAUUAAUCCGUCAUAGUCAAAGACAGAUAAUGUUUUUUAUUUCAUAGUGAAACAGGAAGGCAUCAUGUUAUUUGUUUUUGUCACAUGACAUAAUUUAUCAAUCUAUAUCUUUAUCUAAUACGUACUGGGAAUUUAUAUUCUAAAAUUAUAAUUAUAAUUCAUAUCUAGGUAUAUAUCUACCUUUAUCAAGAAGUGACAAUUUGUUUUUCUAUUUCUAAUAUCUAUAGUAGGUAUGUAGAUAUCAUCAUAUUCCUUACCUAAGAUAAAGAUAAGAUAAAGAUAAAGAUAUUUAUUAUUGCAAAUACGGGUUACAAUGAUGUUGUUACAUAAGGGUAAAAAGAUCCGCCAUAUUUUACCAAUUGGCAUGCAAUAUAAUAUUAAUAAAUCAAAAAUUAUUGAACAUAGGAUUAAGAAGAAGAACAAGGAAAAAUAUAAUUAGGAAUAAUAAA